AGAAUCCCUUCUAAGGAAGACUCCCAUGGCCACCAGGAAGGGAUCAGCACGAACACCAUUUUGGGAGCCCACUAUGGAGUCCCAGGACAAGCAGCCCCCGCCGGAGCUCCCCCCAGGAGAGUCCCUGCUUGAGGACUUGGAUCUCGAGGUGGUCCCUGACACACACACUCUAUAUGUGGGCCACCUAAACCCCCAAUUCUCAGUUCCUGUGCUUGCCUGCCUGCUGCGAGACACCUUAGAGCGGCUGGAGCUGCCGGUGGCACGGGAGCACAUCCAGGUGGUGAGGCGUCCGCGGAAUGCCUACGCGCUGGUGCGGGUGGCCGCUCACAGGGCUGCCCUGGCCUCCCUCCACAGGCGCCUGCAGAUGGCCUUGGAGGAGCAGCUGAUCCUUAAAGAGCUGACAGCUCGUGGGAAGGAGCUGGUGUUAAGUGAGGGGUGGGGGCCCCUAAGCCGCAGAGAGCAGGACAGUGGCCCAAGCUUGGGCCCCAGCCCUAGUCCCAGUCCAGGCUCCAGUGUCCCACUGCCAGCUUGGCCUGCAAAUUCUCCACCUAAUAGGCCCUGGGCCUGGCGGCGGCAGAUCUCCCAAAACCGGCCCAGGGGUGUGUGCUCGGACAGCGCCAUCACACAUCAGAAGAUCCUGGGCCAGGAGCAGCUCUUCCAGGGAGCCUUCCUGGGCAGCGAGACAAGGAACAUGGAGUUCAAGCGGGGCAGCGGGGAGUACCUGAACCUGGCCUUCAAACACCAUGUGCGGCGCUAUGUGUGCGCCUUCCUCAACAGCGAGGGGGGCAGCCUGUUCGUGGGUGUCGAGGACAGUGGCCUGGUACAGGGCAUUCGCUGCAGCCACCGUGAUGAGGACCGUGCACGUCUACUGGUGGACUCUCUCCUGCAGGGCUUCAAGCCUCAGGUCUUCCCUGACGCCUACACCCUCACCUUCAUCCCUGUCAUUAGUACCUCCACCACCAGCGUGCCCCUCAAGGUCCUCCGCCUGACUGUGCACACCCCCAAGGCCCAGAGUGAGCCGCAGCUGUACGAGACUGACCAGGGAGAGGUGUUCCUGCGGCGCGAGGGGAGCAUCCAGGGCCCGCUGCCCGUCAGCACCAUCCAGGAGUGGUGCAGACAGAAGUGGACAGCAGAGCUGGGCAAGCUGGAGGAGAAGGUAAAGGCGCUGACAGAGGAGAAGGAGCGCCUUCAGCAGCAGCUACAGCAGCACCGGCCCGUGUCCUGCACCUGCUGCGUCCUGUGAGGCCCCGCAGCGGGUGGCAGGCAGCAUGGUGCCACUCCCCUGGGCAAGGUGGGGCAUCCCGGUGGAGUAAAUCUGAGCAAUAAAACACACCCGGCCCUCGCAGAGGUGGGCCGGAGCUCCAGCCUCCUCUCCUUCACUGCACACACAGCUGCCAUGUACGUGGCUUUGCCCGAGCAGACCCGGUCUGCAGGGCUGACUGUGCUCGGCACAUCCCCAGCACACCUCACUUUCAGAACGAAGUUGGCCAGUUACCCUACAGCUGAGCUCUAAGGGACUGUCCUUCUCCCUAAGUGCUCCUUUUGCACAAGCUGGAGCCUGUGACUCUAAUCUCCUGCAUGGCCAUAAAGAAGUCUGUCAUCCUGAGAAGAACCCUCACAGCCAGCAAAGCGCAUUCGGUAGUUGUGGUUAUGGCGUAAACUGGACACCCUGCAGCCCCACCCGGACUUGCUGGAACUUGUAAUGGUCAAAGCUCCCUAAUAAACUACA